AUGGUCGCGUCAGCCUUGCUCGUCGCCGCGGUGCUGGCCGCCGCCGCCGCCGCCGACUCCAACAUCAUGCGCGUGCCGCAGCCCGCCCGCCAGGCCGCCCCCGCGGCCGCCACGGCCGCGCCGCCCAGGGACCCGGCCGACGUGCCGGCGCUGCUGGACGCCUGGAGCCCGCGGCGGCUCGCCGACGCCUGGCCUCGCAGGCCGGCGCUGUCUGACGCCUGUGACAGACACCUCUCCGCCUUCCUGCGGGACCUGCGGCGCGGACACCUCUGGGCGCUCAAGAGUGAGUCUCAGCCACGUCGCUGCCGACUUUCACCCGGCUGGCUUUGGGGCGCUCCUCAGGCGUCGCGCCGCGUCUUAAUUCGCUGCGAGAGUGUAUUUUGUAUUGCAACGUUCAGCCACUACUUGAUUUCUCGUAAUCAGCUGCAGGAUAAGGACUGCUGCCAAAGUAAACUCAGAGGGCAAGAUCUGUCAGUGAGCGACGCCAAUGGGAGAUACAGCUCUGGAAUAUUCUGGGGCAACGAGUAUUGGACUGGUUCCAAAGCCCAGUGUGAUCAGCUGAACCUGAACAUCAGCGGGGAGCUGCCAUUUGCGCUAGGAUUCUCGUCUGUGAGCCUAAAUCUCUCUCUGAUUGGACUGCCCGGUCACCACCCACAGCAGGUGCUUAUUGGUGUCUGUCUGCCAUACAGUUGCAAAAGCGAGGAUAUUUAUAGUGUAAUGGAAUUCUCUAUCAGAGAAAACGAUGCUGCCGGGACAGAAAGAAGUAUACUAGUAACCAAAGUGAAAUCUCCUCACAACUUGUACAACAUGCUGGAAGACUCAACUUUCUGGGUUCUUUUUUCAGUAUCAUCUGUGAUGGUGAUAUUUCUGGCAAUAGGGACAGGAUAUGACUACUACUGGAGUAACAUGAAGCAAAAGAGUCAGCUACCAGUGGUGAAAAAUGAUUACAAAUAUGAAAUUACGACCAUUUCAAACGGUAAAACACUGAAUGGGAAGCUUCCAGAUAAAAGGAAAACUUGUCAACCGAAUGUGAAUAACAAUGAUAUAUGCCGCUGUAACAGGAACGUAAGUCCUGCGGCUGAGGGAGCAGACAUUCCGGUAACUGAAACAAAACCGCGACAGCGAUUAGGUGUUAUGCAGCGUGUUAUUCUUUCAUUUUCUGUGAGGCUAAAUUUUAAUAUUAUCUGUGAUCGAUCAGUGGGAAGUGACACAAUUCCAACAAUUCAUGGUCUGAGAUCACUGAGCAUGAUCUGGGUUAUUUUAGGACACACCUGUAUUGUUGCUUUCAAAUACUCAGAUAACAUGGCAUAUCGUGGAGUUGUGGAGAGAGAGGUAUUCUUCCAAGGCAUUAACAAUGCAGCUUUCUCUGUUGAUACAUUUUUCUUCAUAAGUGGGCUUUUGGUUUCCUUCCUGUACUUCAGAACAAUCUCUAAAGUAGAUGUAACGAGACUGACAAGAACAACAGGCAUCAAAUCCAAGAUUCUGGAAUACCUUGGCAUGUUGGCUUAUAGAUAUGGCAGAUUGACUGUUCCAUAUAUGUUUGUUCUGGGAGUUGUGGAGAUAAGCAUGAAAUGGUUCUACUAUAAUUCUGUAUUUGAACCACCAACAAUGGACCAUAUAAAUUGUAAAAAAUACUGGUGGAGAAAUGCACUUUUCAUCAACACCUUUUACCCAGUCCAAGACAUGUGCAUGUUGUGGAGCUGGUAUUUAGCAGAUGACACACAGUUCUAUAUACUUGGGAUAGCUAUACUUAUUGUGGCAGCUAGCCAUUUUCAGGUAGCAGCAGCAAUGGUUGCGAUGCUUCUAAUGAGUUCAUGGUGCACAACUGCAUUUAUUGCUUACACAAAUAAACAUAUGCCAAGUGAAGAUGAUCCUCUAGCAUUGUUUGAUAAGAUAUAUGACAAGCCAUGGACCAGAUUAGGUCCAUAUAUCAUUGGAAUGUGUAUAGGAUGGCUACUGUACAAAACUGACUGCAAAAUAACAAUGAACAAGUUUGCAGUGAUAUGUGGAUGGCUGCUUUCAAUAACAGGCAUCCUGGCACUUAUCUAUGGCCUGUACAAUGUGGAACUGCACCCAGUAACUGGUGCUGCAUAUUCUUCACUGAGUCAUUCUGCCUGGGCAUUGGCUCUGGGAUGGAUUGUUGUAGCUUGUUCAACAGGCUAUGGUGGAAUCAUAAACAAAAUUCUUUCAUCAACAAAACUAUAUCCUCUAAGCAGAGUGACAUACUGUGCAUACUUAGUUCAUCCUCUCAUGAUAAGAGUUAUGGCGAUGACAACAGAUGGCCCCUUCCAUCUAAGCAUAGUGACAGUGCUCAUAUUAUUUUCUGGACAAGUAGUGGCAUCAUACAUUCUUUCUUUCAUUCUUUCACUUGCUUUUGAAGCACCUAUUGUUUCACUGCUGAAGUUAUUUGCACCUGAGAAAAGCAAAAAUCCAAGGUGAAGGAAUGUUAAUCAGAAUGUUACUGAACAUUAUUUUGUAAACCAAAG